CCUCUUAGUAUAAUGCACUUUUUUUUCAGAUUGAUGGCUGACAGGAGGAACAAGGUACAAGUAUCGACUCUGCUGAUGUUUCCUUGUCCACGUCACUGAAUUUCUAGCAGCUCUGGGGGCACGCUGCACUGUGGCUGGCCUCUGACCUUGCUUUGGAGGUGGCCAUAUGAUAAACUAGUUGCAAUAAAAGGGUCACACGCAAGUGGUUGAAAAGGAGUUGAAGAUGAGGAAGUGGGGAGACCGACUGAAUAAGGUUGAGCAGCUUGCUCAGUCGUUCCAGCUGAAUCCUCUGGCUGCACACUACAAACCUCGACUGUGGCCAAUCCAGCCUUCCUCUGUAUGGAAGCUCUUCCCUCGUCAAAGUAUGGCUAUCAGCUUCGCUCAGAGCUGCAAAGAGGAUGUACAUGUUUUUGCACUUGAAAAAGAAAAGACGUCCCUGGGUCAAAGGAUCUUUUUGGUUACAAGUUAUAGUGAGCUUUGGCAUUACUACAGGACUUACACACAGUCCUUGAUGCACUGCUAUGAGGUGAUACCAGAGGGCGCUGUUUGUAAGCUUUACUUUGACUUGGAGUUCCACACGCCCUCAAACAAAGGCACUGAUGGGAAAGCUAUGGUGUCUUUACUUAUCCAGUAUGUUUGUGACAAGCUAAUGGAAGUUUAUGGGAUUGAAUGCUCCACAAAAAACGUCCUCAAUCUUGAUUCCAGUACAGAAGAGAAGUUCAGUCGACAUCUCAUCUUCAAUCUCCAAAAUGCCGCUUUCAAAGACAACAUACAUAUGGGCAGAUUUGUCCAUGCAAUUCUUCACCCAGUCCUGAGCAGACCCAACAGUGGCCUGAAUGUUGGGAUAAAUUCACUGGCAGAAAACGGUGAAACACGCGGAACAACAGCAGAAGAGACCACAGCAAAGGCAGUAGAGAUGGCUGAAAGUCCACAGGCUAAGAGGUGCAAGCAGGAAGAGCGAGACCUCAGCUUCCUCCAGGUGAAAAACAAGAAUGGCCAAGUGGGUCUCUUUGUUGAUCUUGGUGUUUACACCAAGAACAGAAAUUUCCGCCUUUACAAGUCAUCAAAAGUGGGACAGAACGCUGCAUUCACGUUGGCAGACGACAACACGUUUAUUGACAAACCUGAGAAGGGAAUGUCUGCCGAGCAAAGUGUGUUCUUGGCUUCCUUAGUCUGUAAUGUGAGUUUCACAGGUCAAAGAAUUCUUACCUCAGAAUCCCCCAAAACAAAGGAAUCCAAAACCUUGAAGCCUGAUUGCCAGCAGGAAUCAGCCACAAAUCCAGACUUACUGUCUGGCUGCCUGUCGUCCCCUCAUAAAGAAGUGGACAACUUUGUAUUAACUGUGGUUAAAAAGGAUGGUGUGCAUGGAAGCAUCAGACGGUGGAACUACUUUGCUGCAGACCAACUGCUUGUCUACGACAUUGCAAAAUAUCGCUGGUGUGAAAACGUGGAAAGGUUCCAUAAAAGCAACAACAUCAUGAUUGUUGUGGACCUCAAAAAGGAAGAGUGGUAUCAGAAAUGUCAUGACCCUGAAUGCAGGGACUUCAGGUCCCCAAGUUACCCAUUGCCACAGGAGAUCUGCGUCAGCUACAUCAUGGCUCUGGAUGAGGAAGACCAGGCUUACUUAAUGGACGAUGCUGGCAACAUUGUACCCAGCCAGGCACCAAACCAGGCACCAAACCAGGCACCAAACCAGGCCCCACAGAGCGCAAUGUGUCCAAAGGAGGAAUCAGCUGAUGAUUGGGGAGAUGGAGAGGAUGAUCAGGACUAUUUAGAAAGCCUGGAUGACUUUGAACAAAAUAGCGGAGAAAUCUCUGAUCAGCUUUUGCUCAAAUGUAUGGCAGAUUUUGACUCCCAGUAGAGGGUAAAAAGUCUGGAUCAGGUACCACAAUCCCCACCAAACACGCCUGGAAAAUGCAACACAGAUAACAUGAAGAUUAGUGUCUCACAACUGUACCAAACUAGAAACUGUACUCUUCACUAUGAUAAGAACCAGUUUCACAUGAAUUACUAACCUGUAAGCUGUCGCCAUGAACAAAUAUCUGGGCCACUGGAUCACUGAGAUUAUACACGCAUUCUAUUUUCUCGGGAGCGACGUAUUCCCCUUGUGCCAGUUUGAAAAUGUGCUUCUUUCUGUCAAUGAUCUUCAGAGUGCCGUUCUGCAACAAACCACAACAAAAACACAACUUGAAAUUAAAUAUAUACACACACACACUGAUCGGCAGACAAAAAAUAACUAAGUUGAGUAUAUUGAGCUGAAGACAUCUUUUAGUUACUCUGUUUACUUAGCUAUUUUGGUAAA